AUGGGCUGGUGGCUGAGUGAGAAGUGCACUUUGAAAGCCCUUUCGAUGUCAAGCAUUUUUGGUAAAUUAAUUGAUAUUUUUAAUGGUAUAAUCAAUCAAAGGAUACAAUCAAAAGCUUCAUCAGCAAGCAACGAUGUACUAGAUGCCUUCCUCAAUCUCACAAAAGAAAAUAACCAAGAGUGGAGCUGCAGUGAUGUUAUACAUGUGCUUGUGGAUGUCUUUGUUGCGGGAACUGACGCCACUUCAGACACAAUAGAGUGGGCAAUGGCAGAACUACUACAGAACCCGGAAACAAUGGUAAAAGCUCAAAGGGAGCUCCAAGAAGUCCUUGGCAAGGAUGGGAUAGUUCAAGAAUCAGACAUCUCGAAGCUCCCUUACUUACAAGCCAUAGUUAAAGAGACCUUUAGGUUGCACCCACCAGCCCCACUGCUAGUUCCCCAUAAAGCUGAAACUGAUGUAGAAAUAUGCGGCUCCACAGUUCCAAAGAAUUCCCAAGUACUAAUUAAUGCAUGGGCUAUCGGUCGAGAUCCAAGCACUUGGUCGAACCCGAAUGCAUUCGUGCCUGAGAGGUUUUUGGGGCGUGAUAUUGAUGUCAAAGGCCGAGAUUUUGAGUUGAUUCCAUUUGGUGCUGGAAGACGAAUAUGUCUUGGACUGAUAUUAGCUCAUAGGAUGGUGCACCUGAUAUUGGCCUCUCUUCUUCAUUCCUAUGCUUGGAAGCUUGACGAUGGUAUGAAACCAGAAGAUAUGGACAUGAAUGAGAAGUUGGGAUUUACAUUACAGAAGGCCCAGCCUCUACGGGCUAUUCCCAUCAAAGUUUGA